GAGCGAAGCCUCGUCGCCGCGUGCUCCCGCGCGCGAAGCCCCCUCCCCGGGCCCCUCCCGCCGCGCUGCAGUCGCGCAGGUGCGUGAGGCCGCGCCCGCCGGGGACCCUGCAGACGUGGACCCGCCAUGGAGCACAUCCGCACGCCCAAGGUUGAAAAUGUCCGGUUGGUUGAUCGAAUGUCUUCUAAAAAAGCAGCCCUUGGUACUUUGUAUCUGACAGCUACUCACGUCAUAUUUGUAGAAAAUGUACCUGAUGCAAGAAAAGAAACAUGGAUUCUUCACAGUCAGAUUUCCACCAUUGAAAAACAGGCAACAGCUGCUACUGGAUGUCCUCUUCUGAUUCGCUGCAAGAACUUUCAGAUCAUACAGCUCAUCAUACCACAAGAAAGAGAUUGCCAUGACGUGUACAUCUCUCUGACACGCCUUGCACGGCCAGUGAAAUAUGAGGAGUUAUACUGCUUUUCAUUCAACCCCAAGCUGGAUAAAGAAGAAAGAGAACAAGGUUGGAUGCAGAUCGAUCUCAGUGAAGAAUACAAGCGAAUGGGCCUCCCUAAUGAUUAUUGGCAGCUCAGUGAUGUGAAUAGAGACUAUAAAGUCUGUGACUCUUACCCGACUGAACUGUAUGUUCCCAAAUCAGCCACGGCACACAUCAUCAUAGGGAGUUCCAAAUUCCGGAGUAGACGGCGAUUUCCUGCCCUUUCUUACUACUAUAAAGAUAACCACGCCUCCAUCUGCCGGAGCAGCCAGCCCCUGUCCGGCUUUAGUGCACGGUGCCUGGAGGAUGAGCAGAUGCUCCAGGCCAUCAGGAAAGCCAAUCCAGGAAGCGACUUCAUUUACGUUGUGGACACUCGGCCUAAACUUAAUGCAAUGGCAAAUCGUGCUGCAGGGAAAGGCUAUGAGAAUGAAGACAAUUAUUCCAAUAUCAAGUUUCAGUUUAUCGGGAUAGAGAACAUCCAUGUCAUGAGGAACAGUCUGCAGAAAAUGCUGGAAGUAUGUGAACUCAAAUCUCCCUCUAUGAGUGAUUUCCUGUGGGGGCUGGAGAACUCUGGCUGGUUAAGGCACAUCAAGGCAAUCAUGGAUGCAGGAAUAUUCAUUGCAAAGGCAGUUUCAGAGGAAGGGGCAAGCGUGCUUGUCCACUGCUCUGACGGCUGGGACAGGACUGCUCAAGUGUGCUCGGUGGCCAGCCUCCUGCUGGAUCCACACUACCGGACUCUGAAGGGCUUCAUGGUAUUAAUAGAAAAGGACUGGAUUUCCUUUGGCCAUAAGUUUAAUCACAGAUAUGGCAAUCUAGAUGGUGACCCAAAAGAAAUCUCCCCAGUAAUUGACCAGUUCAUUGAGUGUGUCUGGCAAUUAAUGGAACAAUUUCCCUGUGCCUUUGAGUUUAAUGAGAGGUUUUUGAUUCACAUUCAACAUCACAUUUAUUCUUGCCAGUUUGGAAACUUCCUAUGCAACAGUCAAAAGGAGAGACGAGAACUCAAUAUUCAAGAAAGAACAUAUUCUUUAUGGGCUCAUCUGUUGAAGAAUCGGGCUGACUACCUGAAUCCUCUGUUUAGAGUGGAUCACAGUCAGAACCAGGGAUGCCUUCACCUCCCUGCAGCUCCAUGCAACUCCAUGUACAAGUUUUGGAGUGGAAUGUAUAACCGUUUUGAGAAGGGGAUGCAGCCCCGACAGUCCAUUACAGAUUACCUUAUGGCAGUGAAGGAGGAAUCCCAGCAGUUGGAGGAAGAACUGGAGGCCCUAGAAGAAAGGCUGGAAAAAAUUCAGAAGGUCCAGUUAAAUCACACUACAGUGAAGAGUAACAAGCAAAGUGAACCCAGCAAACACUCAGGGUUUUCUACCACAGACAACAGCACAGCCAACACUCCCCAGGAUUACAGUGGGAAUGUGAAAUCAUUUCCAUCCAGAAGCCCUUCACAGGGUGAUGAAGAUUCUGCUCUGAUUCUAACCCAAGACAAUCUGAAAAGCUCAGAUCCCGACCUGUCAGUGAACAGUGAUCAAGAGUCUGGGGUGGAGGAUUUAAGUUGUCGGUCUCCAAGUGGUGGUGAGCGUGCACCAAGCGAAGACAGUGGUAAGGACCGGGAUUCUGAUGAAGCUGUGUUUCUCACUGCCUGAAAUUUCCCUUUGGAGUUCCAAAGUGAAGGAUACACAAGAAACACUUCCAAAAACAAGGGCAUGGUGCAAUUCUGAAUAAAAAUAACUUAGGAAAUGGGACAUGUCAUCGAGAAUUGUAAAAUGUAGCUAUGAAAAUGGAAAAAAUGACCAACUCUUAGUGUAUUUAGAUGUUUAAGAACAAGAAGUAGCCACUUCUUUCAUCAAUAUAAGGAAAAUUAUUCAUCAUUUUGAAACUCAUUCUAGACUAUGAAAAUUGUAUUCACUGCAAAACAAUUAAUUCUAUCAUCACUUGAGGUUACCAGUAUAAAUCUUCCUUGUCAUAGCAUGCAUCUCCUCACAAAGCCCCCUGACCCUCUUCCCUUACACCUGUUAUGAUCUUGAAUGUCUCUUAUUUCACUUCCAAAUGCACAGUUUGUGUUUUCUACCUUCUGACCCUAUUACCAUUAUUUCUAAAAAUAGGGCACGUUGAUGAGAUAUAAGGAGCUUUGAAAUUGUUUAAACUUAUCUUUCAGGUAUAAUAAUCACUUUAACUUUUCCUUAGAUAAUAUAUUUUGAAUUGUUAAUAAUAAUUUUGUUGCCCUUUCUGGAAUCUCUUCUGUUUCUCAUCAUUUAAAAAAAUAAUAAAACUUAUAACUUACUUUUUCUCCAA